AUAGUAUGAUAUAUCAAUUAUUUCGCGUCAGUUUGUUUCCAAGUACAUUUAAACAAAAUGAGAAACAUAAAAUUCUUCGAAGAUCUCAUCAAAAGUUAUAUAAGUACCAAUAAAACUAUAGUGAAUAAAAAAAUUUCCAAUUUUUUACCACCAGGUGAAAAUUACAUGAGUGAUAUUUUAAAAAUCGACGUUACUUUGAAAAAUAACGAGAAUGGAAACGAAGAAGAAAUACAUAUCAUAGCUAAACUAGCAGCCACCAACGAGUUCGUGGGAUCCACUUCAUAUAUGACCAAAAGCGAGCUACUUUUCUAUCAAGAAAUCAUUCCUGCUAUAGAGAAUUUCAGUGAAAGACACGGUUUACCUAAGCCGAGUUUUUUUCCUAAAUUUAUGGGUGGUAGAUUGAAUUUGACAGGUGGUACAACAGCUGACGAUAAUGCAGUUAUAUUAAUCGAAAAUUUACUCGGUUUUGAAAACGUGGACCGUCAUGUUGGGUUCGAUCUGGUUACAACCAAAUACAUAUUAAAAGAUCUGGCAACAUUCCACGCAAUACCGAUAGCGAUGAAACUAUUAGAACCAGAAUUAUUUGAGACGAAACUUAAAGCGAAUUGCUACGGGCUGAUUUUACCUAAAAGAAUCGAAUACGAGGAAAACGGCGGUGAAAUUGAGGCUGUAGGUUUUCCAGAAAACACUCUCGAAGGACACAUAUUUUUAAUCAAACUUUUACAGCAGGACGAAAGAUAUAUAGAGGCGUCGAAAAAAUACGAGAAGUUUUAUAAUCGUAUAAAAAAUAUUAUUUCGAGGGAAGCCAAAAAACUUUUCCAUUCGGAACCGGUAGAUCCAUACGCUACGUUAGUUCACCAAGAUAUGUGGAUUAACAAUAUCAUGCUGGUCUUCCAAGAUGGUCGUCCUAUUGAAAACAAAUUCAUAGAUUUCCAAAUAUGCAGAAUUACUUCACCAAUCACUGAUCUACUCUUUUUCCUUUUCACUAGCGUACAAACUUCUUGUUUGAAAAGUCAUUUGGACGCAUUGAUCACGCAUUAUCACGAUCAUUUCGUUGAGAUUUUGAAAACCAGCGGCUGCUACAACUCCCAGUUUUCGUAUGAAAAUUUUUUAAAAGAAAUGCGUGCUAGUUCCACCCAAGCUAUAAUACAAACAGUUUUUAUGCUACCCAACGUUGUUUGGCAAAAAAAAGGCGAAAUGUAUGAAUCCGCCAAAAAAGAAUCACUCUUCCAAGAUCAUUCGCCAAAGCUAGCUGAACGGUUCACCGUACUUGGUGUUGAAGCAGCCAAAAGAGGUUGGAUAUAAACCAAAACAUUCCUGUCGAGAUCUCCCUGCAGACUGGUGAUUUAGUUUAUACCCAAAUAGUCGGUGACAGUGAAAGCUGUUAAGGAAUAGGAUCCUAUAUAUAAAUGAAAUAAUAUUUAUUGUGUUUUAAGUUUAUAUUUAAUUAAAAAAUGUGUAGCUCUA